CCCCGGGGCAGCCGCGGCAUUCCCUCCUCGCUGCCGCGCCGGUAGUACGCGAAGGCGCGGAAAGGCCCCUGCCACGGGCCCACCGCCCCGCCUGUCGGCCUCCCGCGAGAGCGACCGCGCGCGCGCCUGGUGCGCCGGUCACUGACGUGCGGGGAGCCGUAGCCGGGCCCGCGUGUAAGCGAGAAGGCAGAGGCGGGACGUGGCGCCGCGCGCGGCGCGUAGCUGUAGAGGAGCCAGGCCAGGAGAGUGGUGGAGGUGGCGAGUAGUAGGGGGGGGGAGGUGGUCGUGGUGGGCCCGGGGCUCGAUUAUUUUGCGUGGUUUUAUUUAUUCCGCCGUUUAAAAGGGAAGGGGCCGGACCGCCACGCCGUGGCUUUCGUCCGCCGCCUCCACGCCCCCCUCGUUCUCACCGCUCCCACCCACAUCCCUCUCGCUCGUCUCCUCCCUCCCUCCCUCUGUCUCGGCAUGACGGCAGUCGACGCCGAGCCCUACGCGGUGGUCGCGACGGCCGCCGACAUCAUCUGCUCGCUCCGCGGCGCCGACCUCGCCGGCUGGACGCCGCCGUGGCGCAAGGGCGCGGGGGCGCCGGACCUCCCUUCCGCCUGCGACGGCGCCGGGCAGGAGGAGCAGGAGGGCGGCGGCCACGCGCGGGGCCUGGCGUGGCCGGCCGUGGCGCGCGGGAAGCGCUCGCGGUCCCGGCGGGCGGGGUCACCGUCGGCCUCGGGCUCCGCCUCCGCCUCCGCGGGGGCGGCGGCGGCGUCGUCCAAGGGGGAGGGAAGGAAGAAACCGAGGCGCGGCGCGCGGGGCAGCCCCGCGUCGCCUCUCGACUACAGCGGCUCCGGCGCGUCCACGAGCGGCGGCGAGGACGGCGCCUUCUGCUCCCAGCCUGCGGCGCCCGCGGCUCCUACCGCCGCCGCCGCGCCGCCCAGCAGCAAGGUGGGUGGCCUCGCCGGACGGCGGUCGAUCCUCCCGGUGCCGCCGCCCCGGCCCGCCGGGCAGCGCCCGCGGAAGAAGAUGAGGCUCCCGGAGAUCCAGCAGCUGGUGCGGUCGCUGUCGGUGGAGAACGACGCCCUCCGCGAGGAAAUGAAGGCGCUGCAGAGGGCCUGCACGGCGCUGUCCAAGGAGAACGGCAAGCUAGAGACAAGGCUAGAUCACUCGAGUAAGCAGAACGGGAUGAUAUCUGCGGAGAACAAAGGGAAGCCACAACAUGAUCAUGAGCACGCAGCUAAGCAGGACGCUCGGAACGGCAUCGUGCUCCCUGACCUCAACCUCCCGGCAGACGACUGAUGGCUGAAAUUCCUUGGUGGCUACAAUCUUCAGAUCGGUUUUAGCGCGCUAACCUGAUAAUUAACUGUACAUAGACGAAGCUGGGCCACAAGGGGUUCUCGAUUCUGAUCACACGCGAGGAUACUGAAGAGGAAACAGAGUCUACGUUUAUUUCAUAAGUUGUUGAAAUCUAGGGUGUAGAGACGCCGUCGCGAUCCUCCAGUCUGAAUAGUGUUGCUGUAUGUUCAGAGAGGAGGAUCGGUUUACCUUUCAUUUUUCUGAUGAGUAAGGUUCUUUAGUUGGUGCCCCGCGCAACUGUGUGGAUGGAUGCGCAGAGGGAUAUAUAAAAUUUUAAUGUUUUCAUGUAGCUGAGGCUUCGAAAAUGAACCCACAGUACAGUUUCUUUUCAUCUAAACAUAUAUAUAGCUCAAACUUGUGAUUUA